CGGAUGGGGUGGGGGCACCGACUUGAGGGACAGGUGUCAACAGCACACACAUAGAGCGGGGGGAUCUUUUUACGAAGAUUCUCGGCUUUUCGUGAAAAUUCUUAACCAGGCGAGCGCAAGCUAAUCACUAAAUGGUAAGGUGGAUUUUCUACUAGAUUUUUCGAAUUGCGUUGGCUUAACGUUCGUGAUGUUCCGUAUUCAGUACGGCCAUUUUCUGCUGAAUUUCGUGCGAAUUCGGCCCCCGCGUAUCGACUAGAGGUGCCGGGAGGGGAAAGUCUCGGGGUCUCUCCCCUCACGCUCCAUCCCACUGCGCGCAUACUACCCAUCCUUCUGCCACCAGAUCAUCCCCCCUGCGUCCUCCCCCGUUCUCCUUCAUUCUUCUCGUCCUCUGAUUCCCGUUCUCCGCGCCGCCGUCCCUCUACAGCCACCCUUCCCCCGCAUCGCGACGAUCCUCGGCCGCUUACAAUAUUCGUUUUUUAACGUCUUUUUUCGGUCUUCUACCCUUUUCUAUAAUCAGUGUAUACCGUUCGUAAUCCUUGUUACAUGAACGCGGUGCGGCGCGUUCACUGGCAUAUUACAUCGCGAAGGUUUACGUCUGUUUUGUGUAACAAUCGUGCGGUUUAAGAAGGGAAACGGCGACUGUUUCCCCGUGUGUAUCUCCUCGUGACAGACGGCUGACGCAGCGGCGGCGGCGGCGGCGGUGGCGUGCUGUGUUCUUGCUCUUCUUGUGUCUCUCGUUGUAAAAAUCUGCCCCUACGCUCACUCUCACCUCUCGGAGACCCCCCUCCGAAGAAAGGAUUCGAUUCCACGGCGAGGAAACAUGGGGAGAGGGACGUCGCUGUGAGUAAAUACACGGGCGUCGUUUGAGCAAGACGCGCCAGAUAUCUUUGUCGGCGGUGUGUCAUGUAUCCGCAAGACAUGUUCGUCCGUUGUUACCGCGGAUGUUACCGACAACUUACUUUCCGCGUUUCUCUUCGACAAUUCCCCUCGGACAACGGCAUAAUCUUUGUCUAAGCGGUUGUCUAACGUGUUUCAUGGCCACAUGUCACUGGCUGAUAUCGACGAUCCGCUCAACGUUCAUUCGCGUGUCGGCGGCGACAACGCGUCGUGCUCGUGAAUUUUGGAAAGAUGUUGGUUGACCGAAACAUCUUUCCUUCUGCGAAAUCGCUCUGUAACUUGUAGUAUGUGUAUUUGAUUGACGGUUUGCAAUGAAUUUCCCGCCGUUCGGAAGCCAUUUUCCCGGUACUAUUCCGAGUAUUCAUCAGUUCGCAACCGACGGCUCCGGCGGUGCGGGCGGACGUUACGCCAAUCAUUUUCCCAACCAGCCUCCAAUUGGAGUGCCGGUUAUGGGAAAGUACCGUCCUGAAAGCAACGGCGUGCAAUCUGCUCAGUCACAAGUGAUGAUGAACAAUAAGACAAGUUAUCCCAACAGCAAUGUUCAUCAUUAUCCGAAUGUGCCAUAUUCCCAAGCUCAACCAGUCCAACAACGACCCUCUAAUUCGCCUGGAAUGCCAGAGAAGCGUUCUUAUCACCAGCAAGCGACCGAAACUAUAAAUCAACAAGAUGUUUGCAAUCUCCUACAGGAUAAAGAUAAAAAUAAGGAAAAGAAAGCGGACGAGCAACAGCGCAAUGGAGAAACAACAACAAAUGGUAGCCAGCAAGAUUACACGAUGCAUCAACACCAUCAGCAGCAUGCUCAUACUCAAACUCCUGCAACUAUGCCUGCUACGUGGCAAUCUUUGGCUACUCCUGGAUCCACAGUGGCAGAUUACCUCAGUCAUUUACCAGCUAGUACUUUACCAUUAAGUUUACAUCAUUUCUUAAAAUAUUCUGCAGAAAGUAUUAAAAAAGAAUCGGAGAUGGCACAGACCACUUCGGUAGCUGUAGCAACUACAACAACGCCUAAUAUAAUGAUGUCUCCAAACAAUAAGAAGAAGAAAAAGAAGAAGGCUCCUAAGGAGAAAAAGCCACGUCCGAAACCUGGUGAAAUUCGCCUAACAACAGCUUUAGACGGCUCUACGUUAUAUUGCUGUCCAGAAUGUCAUAUGGCAUACCCAGAACGUGAAUUAUUGGAACAACAUCUUCUUGGACAUACUUUGGAACGAAGAUUCGUGUGCGACAUUUGUGGAGCAGGCCUGAAAAGAAAGGAUCACCUUACACGUCACAAACAGAGUCACAACCCUGAACGUCCGUACGUUUGUACUGUUUGUUUGAAAGCUUUCAAAAGAAAAGAGCAGUUAACGUUACAUUUUGUUAUACAUUCUGGCGAGAAGCGACAUGUAUGCACAGAGUGUGGAAAAGGAUUUUAUCGUAAAGAUCAUUUAAGAAAGCACACCAGAAGUCACAUUGCAAGAAGGGUGAAAGCCGAGCUCAGUCAAAAUGCUAGUACACAGCAAAAUCAGCAACAAAAUAAUGUUUCGAAUAUGCAGACAACGGCUGUUACAGCAUCAUCUGUUCUUUCUGGUGGACAUCCAGGACCUCUCCUGUCCUGAGCCCCGCCACCAGGGAACUUCCAAGUUCCCCAUCCAAAUAAUAUUCUUCACUCACAUACUUCUCAUCAUUCGUUGCAUCAUCAUCAUUUGUCGGCCGUUAAUGUGGCGCAUCAAUCGAGUGUCACGCCACUUGCUACGUCCAGCCACUAUCAAACGCAUGACCUCAGUUUUUUGGGACACGUUAAAGAUUUCUGAGAGCAGGGGAAGACCUCAAUUAAGAGGUAACAAAACUGACAAAUUGUACGAGUACUCUUAGCCAGUGAGAGUUGAUUCGACCGCUUUUCUUGAUUUUGGCUUUGCUAGUGAGUUUUCUACAAUAAUGAACGAUUAUUCGUGAUUCUGCUGACUCUCUAUGUCCUAGUACAAUAGUGCAAAAGCUGUGACAGUUGCGUAAAUUUUUCAACAGUAUGCACAGUUUUUAUUACCUGUAUGUUUUUGGGUAUUGUUUUUGAGAUGUCUACCCAUAGAUCUUGUCUCUAAAAAGUGUGCCAUAUGUGUAUGUACAUGAUCAAAAAG